GCGAGCAGCUUGCUACUCGCAAGGACGUUGUGUCCUCUCUUCUGGACUUGAGCAUGCUCCAGGCUUGUCAGGAGCGACUCACCCUCCAUGUCGCUGCACUGCGUCGCCUUCUCGCCAUCCUCUCUGACCCUGAUCGCACCCUCCCGAUCAUCCCCGUACGACUCGGAACCUCCACGAGGSUGUACUCAGCGCUGUGGGAUUCCGGUUCUCAGGGCGACUUCAUUCACCCACGCGUGGUGAAGGAAGCCCGCUUACCCACGACAGGGUCUCCGACUCCCAUCUCCGUUACCAUAGGGGAUGACAAGACCCAGCGCUUCUUUGAUCAGACGGUCACCGACCUCCCCUUCUUCCUCACUCUCGAGCCGACUGAGCGUUCCCCGGCGUCUCGUCGCCACCGCUCCUCUACACAUAUCGAUGUGAUGGAGACGGGGUACGACUUCAUUCUCGGCACUCCGUGGUCUCGUCGGUUCCGCAGCACCGAGGCCGAUUGGGCGACCAACACUCUCGUUCUCAAAACGAAGUGUGGACAGACGUAUCGCGUACCUUUCAUAGGUACCACGGCGAUACCACGCCCCGAUCCUUCUCCCCCGGAGCCUUCAGUGCCCACACCAUCUCCCUCUAUCACUGUCACCUCGCCUCGGCAGUUCGCUCACUUUAUUCGACAGGACGACGUCACCUUCUUUAUGGUGGACGUGACGGAUCUCUUACACUAUGAUCCACCCUGUCCCGACGCCGAGCUCAUCACUCUGGAGCCAGAUCCUCCCUCUAUCUCCAUGGCUCCUAUCUCUACUUCCAUCCCUCCGCCGUCCGUCGAGUCCACCCCACCGUCGCGCGCUGACGCUGACGCUGAGGAACUCGAUCGAUAUACGGCUGACUUGGAGCCCGCAGUUCGUGACCUCAUCCGAGAGUACCACGACGUUUUCCCAUCUUGUUCUCGUACGCCGGCAUCCCACCGAUGCCUACGUGUCCGAGCAGUAGCAGAGUUCCAUGACCAGGCAGUUGCCGGUCAUAUGGGCUUCCACCUACCUUAUGGUUUGCUCCAGCCUCUUCCUAUCCCUGAGGGUCGUUGGCAGUCCAUCUCGAUGGACUUUAUCGGUCCUCUUCGACCUCCGACCCCCCGCGGUCAUGAUGCUAUCCUGGUCGUCGUCGACCGCUUCACGAAGCGUGCACGCUUUGUUCCGUGCCGCCAUGCCAUCAGUGCACGUGAGGUCGCCGACAUCGUAUUUGACCGAGUCGUGCGUGACCACGGCUUACCUCUGAGCAUCAUAUCUGACCGUGACCCGCGCUUUACCAGUCGAUUCUGGCGACGGCUCCACGAGGUGUACGACACUCAGCUCCGCUUCUCCUCGUCUUACCAUCCUCGGACUGAUGGUCAGACCGAGAUCACGAACAGGACUCUCGGGGAUAUUCUUCGAAAGAUUGUUCGUGACGACCAGCAGUGGGAUCUCCAUCUUGCCCACAAGGAGAUAGCCUACAACCACGCCGUCUCGCCAGCCACGGGGAUGCCGUCUUACUAUUGCGACCUCGGCUAUCCCCCGCGUGUUCCCGCGGACUUCCUUCGACCGUCCCAGAUGCACCCCGACACGAGUUGUCCCGCGCUGGAUGAUUGGGUUGCACACAUGACGUCGAUUAUGAAGACCACACAUGAGCACAUAACCGCUUCCCAGACUCGCAUGGCAGCACGUGCGAACCUAUCGAGGAUGGAUCACCCAUUCAAGGUUGGUGAUGAUGUGCUUAUCGACGCCCGCCACUUACAGCUCGAAGCGGACACGCUUCGCAAGUUUCGGCGUCGCUUCUUCGGCCCAUGCCGCUUCCUCCAGGCCGUCGGUUCUGAUACGGCAUCUAGCCCGGUCAGCUUUCGUGUGCAGCUGCCCGACUACCUACGCCAGGCUCGUGUGCAUGAUGUCUACCACGUUUCGUUACUGCGUCCUUACCGCAGACCGUCUGAGCGUUUUGCUGGACGACCAUACGAGUGCCCUCUACCCAUCAUGGUGGACGGCCACGAGGAGUUCCUCGUUUCAGACAUCAUUGGUCGCCGAGUCACCGACGACAACCCUCCCCACGUCGAGUAUUUCGUACGUUGGAAGGGUUACCCUGAUGAGGAGGCUACCUGGGAGCCCCUCGAGCACUUGGAGCACGCUCGCAUGUUGUGCGUGCCUAUGAUCGUGCUCGUCGUACUGGGUUCACUGCUCCUCCUCAGCCCACUGACCCUCCUCCUCCUCCGGCUGAGGAGACCGCUGAAGUUGAGCCUGCUCCAUCUGAGGCAGACCUUCAGCAGAAGCCGGAUGCUUCUGAGCGUCCACAGCGCACUCGUCGUCAUCCUGCUCGAUACGACGAUUGACUCUGACUUACCUUCCCACGUCUUUGACUUUUCAAUACUCCAUCCACAUCAGUUUUGCUACUUCAGCUCGUCGACGCUGCGGCUCUUCCUCGUCGGCAUUCCGGACUUCACAUCGUGGACGUCAUCGGCAGCUUCAUGGACUUCAUCACGAUCAGCUCUGCCUACUUCAGACGUCGCCACUCUCUUACCACUCUACCCUGUACAGUACCCUGCUUGUGUCGCAUGAUGGUCUCCCUUUAGCCGGGUUCCUCUGAGUUGGGCUCUCCCUUGGUAUACGCAUAGGCAUCGGGACCGU